GCGCUUCGUCAAGUUCCAAGGACACCAUUAUUCUACCUGCUUCAUGUCGCCUUGCUGCAUGGCCAGUGCCAUUUCAAGUACCACAGUUUUCCCGAGACAUAGAGCUGAUCCUCGCAGAGGCAAACGAAUCAUAUCAUGCUACUGGAAAACACUUCAUGGAUCCCCAUGUAAAGUCAGCAAUAAUGUAUGACCUGUCAAAAGUGAUUUUUUCCUACACGGCCUAUCCAUCAAGUCAGCAGAUUCUCUCAGUGGCUGAAGCUCUAGUUGCCAAGUUUCCAUGUCUUAGGGAGCCGGGAUCAUUUGCAGGUUUAUAUGGCUGGCAACAGCGCAUAAAAUACAAGAUGCACAAUUACCGUGCCAAGCUAAAAUCUCGAAAAUAUGCUUUCCCGGAAAUCGAAGUCAACACGUUGAGGAGGAAGCAUCCAGCUGAUGCAGUCCCAUCAAAAAACGUAAAAAAACCCAAAAAAGCAGAAGUUAAUUACCUCCCCCCACACCCUACUGGCGAAAGCCAAGACACACUGGAGCAGGAGAGGCUUGAAUUACUUGAUGAAGUGAAGAAGAAAAACAAUGCAAAGAUAAUCACAGAUAAAAUGAGUAAAACCUUCUCAAGCCGAAGAGUCGAAGUGGUGACCCUCAGCCCCUCUGUGAAUGUGUUUAAAGAAAGAUGGCCAGCAUUAUUCAGCGAGGCUCAGAUCAAGGAAGAGUUCUGUCGUAUAACGACAAUUUCCUUAGAAGAAAAUUUCAUGAUGAAGCUUGAUGGGUACACCCCGGGUCUCUUGAGGCUUAUACGUGCUAAAGGAGGAGCUGCUGGUUCCAAGAUACGCCCUCUGCUGGACUCUCUAAAUGAUGCACAGAGCAUUGAGAAAAAAAGGGAUACAGUUGUCUGCUGCCUCAUUGGCUACCUCGGUGAAAGACAAGAAGAUCUUUUCCAUGACUGCCAGGAAUGUGAGGACCACACAGACAACACAAUGAAGGUGAUUGUGAAGCACAACAUCACGGCUGAGGAGGAUCCAUCAGAUGUGUCUAUUGUGAUUGAAGGAAACACUGUGAUGGAAGGAUGUGGAAGUCGAACAAAAGCAUGUGUUCUGCUGAUGGGACUGAUAUAUGCACUCAACCUGGAAUACCCAAAGCAGCUGAAGAACACGUUUGAAACUUUUCAGAAACUUUUUUUGGAGCUUGACGGUGCAAAACUACUGAAGAAGGUCCACAGCCUCAAAAGUAAGCUGUAAGCUAAGUGAACUGGUUCAUUCCUUGAAAUAUUGUGUGAAGAUGUUAUAUUACAUUUUAUUCUGUGUUUUUAUGGAUCAUUGCUACAACAAGGCAAACAAGGCAGUUCAGAUAUUUGUUUUAUGAAUGCACCUAUACUGCAGAUUUGGUGAGUCACUGUAAUGUAAAACUAAAGAGGCACAAGAGUUUGGACACAAAAAAGUCAUGUGACUGCACAUCUUUUGGAGCUGUGCUCUGAUC